ACCGCAAGAGGGCAACAUCUAUUCCACUCACUCACUCCGUGUGCCGUGUGCGUGCGGCCUAUAAUACAACGGCGGCACAGCAUUUCAGCCAAUCACGGACGAGCGGGAAAUUUGACGCAGAGCGGCAACCAAUCACAGCAAGGUGACGCAGUGAAGCUCUACCGGCGCGACGAGGAACGAAUCUCCGAACAAUUUUUUGAAUUUUUUACUCAUUCAGCCAUUUUAAUUUUUUCGUUAAAUCAUAAUUUCAUUUUUUACAUUUUAUAUUUAUACAAGUUUUAUUCGUUUGUUAUAUACUAUUGUAAUUGUUAUUAACGGCAAUGGCAGACGACGAGCGUUUUCAUCAUUUAAUUGCAGCAAGAGGAUACGUAAAGGGCACGUUGACACGGAUUUUUAAUUUUGUGGCUAGUGAACAAUUCAACAAGGCGACUAUGGACACCUUAAACAUUCGCAAGUCGCGGCUCGAGACUUCGUUCAAGGAGUACGAGCAGUUUAAUGUGGAAAUAAUACAGCUUAGUGAUGACGACAAGGAGGAUGUAGAGUCCAUGGAGGACAAGUAUUACUCGGCCCUUAGUUCCCUGAGCAGCCAACUGUCUUUGCUCUCUGGUACGGCUAUGCGUACCGAGAAGCCUAACACGCCGUCAACGUCGUCUGCCACGGCUGCCAAACUCAAUCUGCCUCAAAUUCAAAUUAAACCUUUCACUGAUACCUACACGGCACGAGCAUAUCAGAUGGAACGAGACCUGAAGGCUGACCCGUCCCUCAAGGAGUUCCUUGAGUACCUAGAACGACGAGCCAUGGCUCUGGAAACUGCAGACCAGGGUAUGGUAAGGAAGAAACUGGCUGUCAACAUCGCAACCGACUCAGGAGCCUCCGGAUGUCUGAAAUGUGAUACUGCCAUCCACGGAGCCAGAGCGCUUCUCAUCACAGAAUGAGCUGCCCACACCGCGUUUCAUAAACACCAAGUUCGGCUAUGUAGUGGGAGGUAGUGUUGCAGACCAGGUUGUAUCUUUGUAUUGUCAAAGCUGUGAUAACGGUCUUAAUAAUGCUGUAAGUUCAUUUUGGGAAGCUGAAAGUGUACCACAUGUAUACAAUGAAAAAUCUACAGAGCACAGGCUCUGCGAAAGUGUAUUCCUAAACUCUGUGAAGUUGCAGGACAAUCAUAAUUUAGAAAAACGAUUGCAUAAAGAUGAGAGGUCUUUCUCUGAAUAUCAGAGCUUUAAUACUAUUGGUAGCCCUGCCGAUUUAAUAAGCAGAGGCACCCUAAGUGACCCCAGUGAUCUUCCACACUCCAAGGUACGGUGGCACGGCCCAGACUUUCAACGAAACAGUGAGUACUUAGUCAAUGAACAUAUAGACUUACCUGUCAAUUUACCUGAGCUGAAGUCUGCUACACCCGGGUCACCUGUAAACCUACCUGAAGCCCCGACCACCAGCGCCGUGAUCUCCCUGGUCGCGCAAUCGCAGUCGGAGGUAUUUGAUUAUAUUUACAAGUAUUCAUCUAUACAAAAAAUGACACGAGUUUUAGCUUAUGUACUGAGAUUCUGUCGCAACAUUAAAUCUAAAAACGAUAAGAAUAAAAAUAAUUAUUUGUCUAGUGCCGAGUUAAAUAAUGCAUUGAGACUGAUUUUGAAACAUGAUCAAUCCCUUCACUUCAAAGAGGAAUUUCACUCUAUAGGAAAUGGUACUUGUUUAAAAGGUAGUUUAAAGCCAUUGCAUCCGUUUGUAGAUGAAGAGGGUUUAUUAAGAGUAGGGGGCAGGCUUGACCAUGCUAAUCUUACCUAUGUUAGGAAACACCCUUUGAUAUUAGCUAAAAAUUCUCAUGUUACACAACUUAUUAUUCUGAAUGAGCAUUAUAGGCUGCUUCAUGCAGGACCUAAACUUUUGUUAUCUAGCUUAAACGAAAGAUACUGGAUAAUUAAUGGUAUACGAGAGAUUAAAAAAGUCACUCACAAAUGUAUUAUGUGUUUCAGACUGAAAGCGGCGGCUGCAAAACAGUUAAUGGGUUCAUUACCUGCGGACCGUGUCACCCCUUCGCGUCCCUUCGAGAAGGUUGGAAUAGACUUCGCUGGGCCCGUCAAUGUUAAGCUUUCGCGUAUACGAAAGUCAGUAGUAGGUAAAGGCUAUAUUUGUGUUUUCGUCUGCUUUUCAACAAAGGCAAUUCAUCUUGAGUUGGCCUCAGACUUGACCACCGAUACCUUUCUCGCUUGUUUCAAACGACUAAUAUCGCGACGCGGUUUGCCCACCGAUGUUUAUUGUGACAACGCAGCGACGUUUAAGGGCGCAGACAACCAAUUAGCUGAUUUGCACAAGCUGCUCGCGUCUCGAGACCAUCAAACACAGGUGCAAGAUUAUUCAGCUACUAGAGGAGUGCGAUUUAACUUCAUUCCAUGCUACUCACCGGUGUUUGGUGGCCUCUGGGAGGCCGCAGUCAAAAGUACAAAGUACCAUUUAAAACGUAUUGUACACAACACUCUGCUAACUUAUGAGCAGCUUCAAACUGUUUUGUGUGAGAUCGAAGCCGUACUAAAUUCGAGGCCUUUAGUUCCCAUGUCAACUUCAGACAUCGAUGACUUUUCAUACCUCACGCCGGGACAUUUUCUCAUUGGGGUGGCUCCGACCUCAUAUCCAGAACAAAAUGUGUCAGAUGCACCUAACAAUAGGUUAAGGUUUUGGGACCAUUGUAUAAAGCUAAAACAAAUGUUUUGGAAAGUAUGGUACAAACAUUAUCUUACCGUGUUACAAACUCGUCCUAAAUGGCGAGAUGAUGUACCAAAUAUUGAUGUAGGUUCUCUAGUGAUACUUAGGGAACAAGACACCCCACCAUUGUCAUGGCCCAUGGCCCGGGUAACCAAAGUUUUCCCUGGAGCUGACCAAAAAGUUAGGGCUUUAGAAGUAAAGACGCCUAAUGGCAAAACUCACAUUAGGUCUGUGACGAAGGUGAGCGUCUUGCCUAUAGAUAAGUAAAUAUAUUUAGAAUAAGAUUAAAGGUUAUUUUAUUUUAUAUGUGCUUAUGUAUUUACUUACCUGAAGAUACAUUGUUAUGUUUUACUUACAUACCUAUUAUAGGAUAUUUUUAUAUAGAAUAAGUUACAUAAAAUUAUUAUUUUAAUGUUUUCAUUUUGCAAACAGUUUUCUUACAAAUAUUGUUAUGAGAUGUAAUGUUUUCUCUUUUAAUAAUAACAAUUCUUAAAACUGUUGUACAUCUAUACUCUGGUCGAUAGUUUUUCUUUAACUUAUAUAAAGGCAUUGUAUCAGAUGUAAAAGGUUACUAUUUGUACUUAUGUGUCUAAAGUUUUCACUAGAUUGUUUUUCACUUAACUUAAAAGAAAUGUUAUUCAUGUGCUUCAUAGAAUACAUUAAAAUGAAUGUUUUACAUUGAAUUGAUUAGCUUCACUUCAGUAGUAUGUCUUUAAUAGUUUGAUAUUCUACUCUAUAAGUUGUGCUUUAAAAGGUUAAUUACUUCAAUUUAAAAAUAAGUCAUAUUCUGUGAGGCCGCAGCAUGUUGGCAACAUCAAGGUCUAUAUUAUUUUUACUGUAAUAUUUUGUCCUAUGGCAAUAUUACAGGACUUUACGCCACGGACUUUGCCGACGAGGCACGUUUUCUUGUAUCUUUUAACUUUAUGUAAAUAUUUCCUAGUUCUUAAUUCUAAUACAGUCCACUUUAACAUC